AUGGACGGAACAGACGGCAGUGCCGGGCCCGGCCCCGCCGAGCGGUCCCAUCGAAGCAGUGUGUCCUCCGUGGGAGCCCGAGCAGCUGACGUGCUGGUGUAUCUGGCGGAUGACACUGUGGUGCCCCUGGCAGUGGAGAACCUGCCGUCUCUCAGUGCCCACGAGCUGCACCGCGCCAUCCGGGAGGUCCUGCAGCUCCCGGACAUUGCCCUGGAGGUCUUCGCGCUCUGGCUGGUGUCCCCUCUGCUGGAGGUGCAGCUGAAGCCCAAGCACCAGCCCUACAAGCUGGGCCGCCAGUGGCCAGAACUGCUGCUGCGCUUCACCGACGCCCCGGACGACGAUGUGGCCACAGACGAGCCUUCCCUGCAGUUCCGAAGGAACGUGUUUUUCCCAAAGCGGCGGGAGCUCCAGAUCCACGACGAGGAGGUCCUGCGGCUGCUCUACGAGGAGGCCAAGGGCAACGUGCUGGCGGCACGGUACCCCUGCGACCUGGAGGACUGCGAGGCCCUGGGCGCCCUGGUGUGCCGCGUGCAGCUCGGGCCCUUCCAGCCUGGCCAGCCCACCGCCUGCACCUUGAGGGAGAGGCUGGACUCCUUCCUCCCUGCCCACCUGUGUAAGCGAGGCCACGGGCUCUUUGCUGCCCUCCGAGGCCGUGGGGCCAGGGCUGGCGCCAGCGAGCAGGGCCUGCUCAGCGCCUACCGCCAGGUGACGGAAGCCGUCAGCAGCGAGUGCGAGGCGUCGCUGAGGACCCACUACCAGGCCUACCUCACCAAGUGCCACGAGCUUCCCUACUACGGGUGUGCCUUCUUCCACGGCGAGGUCGACAAGCCAGCACAGAGCUUUUUGCACCGGGGCGGACGGAAGCCGGUGACUGUGGCCAUCAGUCUGGAGGGUGUGCAUGUCAUCGACAACAGGGAGAAGCACGUCCUGCUGGGCCUGCGCUUCCAGGAGCUCUCCUGGGACCACACGUCCCCCGAGGAGGAGGAGUCCGUCCUGUGGCUGGAGUUCGAUGGCAGCAAUGAGGGCACCCCCGUCAACAAGCUGCUCAAGAUCUACUCCAAGCAGGCUGAACUGAUGAGCAGCCUCAUCGAGUACUGCAUCGAGCUGAGCCAGGCCGCAGAGCCCACUGCCCCCCAGGAGGGCGCCUCCGGCCCCUCCUCCGCCUCCGGCUCCUUGCCACCUCCCACUCAGCGCCCCCAGCUACGCAGACAGGGCAGCGUGGUGUGCAGCCGGAUCCAGCACCUCUCCACCAUCGACUAUGUGGAGGAGGGCGAGCAGAUCAAGCCGGUGAAACCGAAGCGCACCACGUCCUUCUUCAGCCGGCAGCUCUCCCUGGGCCAGGGGAGCUACACCGUGGUGCAGCCCAGCGAGCACCUGGAGCAGAGCUGAGGCCGUGGUGCCAGUGCCGGCAGGAGGAGGGCACAGGAGGGCAGGGCCAGGGGUGGCCCUCGAGUUGGGAAGAAGGCUACCUCGAAGCGUGGAGCAGGGACUUCUGUGCUUGGGGUGGUGCCUGGGCUGUGCCCAGCUGGCUCAGGGAUCCCACACGGUCCCUCUCCAGCCUGCCCUUCUGCACUGUGGGCCCCGCUGCCAUCUCAGGACCAUCUGAUCAGCCCCAGUCUCCCCCUUCCACCCAGGGACUCGCCUGUGUGCCCCUCUCAACAUGGACAGUGUUCCCUGCUCUGAAGCCCCCACUGGCGGCUCCCAUGGCAGGAGGUCGAGGAAUAGGGCUUGGGACCUGCAGGUCCAGUGUGUGUCUUCGGUCUAUUCCCUGGACUUUGGUGACCACAUCCCCGCAUUUCGUCGGCCAGCAUUCCCCCAUGCUGCCAGGCGGGCGUCCCUGUCGGGGCGGGCCGGGGCCGCCAGAGCUGAACCAUGGCAGGUGGCAGAACGGGAGGAGAGGCCCGCACUCGUGCCCUCCCUGGCUGGAUGGGAGGAGGGAGCUGGGCAGGGCCCAGCUCAGCAGGGGCACCCUGUGCCCUUCACUCAGGCCUCUCUUGUGGGCAGGAGACACUGACCGACCAGCCGGAAAGUGCCUCUUUGCUAGCUCUGGUGAUGUCAUGCUGCAGGGGCUGUCCGGGACCAGCAGGCCCCCGACCCCCACGCCCACCCCCACUGGAGAAGCUCCCAACCCCCCGGGGCUUCAGGUUUGUUUUGGUUUUUACUCGGCUGCUUUGGUUCCUGGAAGCCUGUAAACUCUGGGGCAACUCAAGAGAACCCCACACCUCAGAGCCCGGCCCCCGUCAGAGGUGACCAUCGGGCCUGGCCCUGGGGGCCGGCCAUGCGGGAAGUCCCACCCCAGCAGCCGGUCUCUUUCUUGGGAACAAAUGGCCAAGGCGAAUGAGGCGCUGGGCACAGCCAGCCCAGGAGCUCCUCCCCGGCCCUGGGCUACUCGGGGGGGCCUGGCCCAGCCUCCUGGGACUUUGUGCAGGGAAGAGGCGCCUGCUCAGCCAGCACAGGGCUCGCCUUGUCUCCCCUUCCUGGCGGGACGUGGGCGAGGAAAUGCCAGCCGCCUGUCUCCAGAGGCCAGAGCCACCUCCUCCCUUGAUGACGUUGGACACUCCAGGUGUGCGAGGUGGGCUUGCCUCGGGCAGCAGGGGCUUCCUUAUUUGUCAUAGUAAAUAGGUGCCCCAGCCUGGAGUCACUCACCUCCUGGCGCCCGCCUGCCGUCUGGCUCCCAGCCCUCCGGUCCUCUAUCCCACACACUGUUUUGAUGCCAAGUGAAUUCUUAUCUGAUGGGCCCAGGGGGCAUGUGGGUGUGACGGGCGUGUGUGUACACAAAUUACUUGUUUUUACUCCUGUCUUUCUCCUGUUUUCUAAGCAUCCAUUGUGUCUUAACCUUUUCUGCCUGUCCUUUGGACAAAGCCUUUUACUAAAUGUCCUUUGAAUAUUCUGAUUGUUUUGUACCAUGUGACUUAUUAAUAAUAAAAUCCGUUUCCAGCA